CCUCCCCACUCGCUGUGUCUUAAUCCUUGUGGAGGGGGCGCACACGUCAUAGAGGCUGCGUUGUGCCCGGCGAGGGCCACAAGCGUCAGUGGCCAUGGGCUGCUGCCAGGACAAAGUCGCAGAGGAGACCCCGGUGCCCAAAACGAGGCCACUCCAGAGGGAUGGCCCUGGAGCCCGCGCCGCCAGACCCGCGGGGGACGAGAAGGACGCCCGAGGCUGCCGGGACCGCAGGUCCGAGGACAGCUUCCUGAUCACUGUGCUGUGGCAGCGGCUCUCCAUGUUCAGCCGGCGGAGCUCCGCGCGGUCUACCGCGCGACAUUCGGAAGUGAUCCAGAGGCAGGAGGACACCAUCCAAGAGGGCAAGCAGGAGGACAGCCAGGAGCAGCCGGAGAAAGGAUGA